CGAGGGGGAAGCCAUCCCUGGCCUCUUAAGCGACGACAACAAACAGGGGUAAUCGUCCCUUGAAGAUCCACUCAAAGCUUCCAGCCUGUCCCCCUCAAGGGCUUUUACCAGAACAGGCAAAUUCGCAGUAUUACGCCCUAGUCAGUCUCGUAUACAAGAUUUGGCAAAACUGCCCGCCGGAAAUCAGACAUGGAGAAUUGGAGUCACUCCGCAUUGGAACAAUGGGGAAUACCGAUUGCAUCUCUAUAUAAUAUGGACUCUGAGCCGUGCAGAAUCCAGGGCAAAGAAACCUGGUUCAAUUGACCAGCAGUCGACGAUCAGGUAGAUCUUUUCUUCUUUGCUUGCGAACAAAACUGUGCGUGGCAGCGGAGACACGAUGCGUUUUCGCGAUUGUUUUCUGCUACCGUUGCUGGCGGUUAGCUGUGCUGCGGUACAGAUCUCAGUCAAAUCUUCUGGGGGCAAUUUCACCAGCAGUCUGGAAUAUGGUAUCAUGGAAGAGGAAAUCAACCAUUGCGGAGAGGGAGGUCUCUACGCUGAGUUAAUUCGCAACCGAGCCUUCCAGGGAAGUACUACCUACCCAUCCAACCUGGACGCCUGGGUUGCAGUAGGCGGUACCACGUUGUCGCUGAAGAACCUCAGCAACCCGCUAUCAUCCGCUCUUCCUACAUCGUUGAAUGCUAAGGGAAAGAUGGGCAAGGCUGGAUUCACGAAUUUGGGCUGGUGGGGACUUGCCGUGAGCACGCAGAAGUAUUCUGGUUCAUUUUACGUGAAGGGCUCGUAUAAGGGAGCUUUCACUGCGUCUCUUCAAUCUGCCUCGACUGGUCAAGUCUUUGCAAGCACCAAUAUUGCGUCCAAAAGCGUGGCUAAUGGAUGGACACAACAUCAUUUCACUCUUUAUCCUCGCAAGAAUGCUCCAGAUACCAACAACACCUUCUCGAUUACUUUUGAUGCUUCGAAAACUUCUGAUGGCUCUCUUGAUUUUAACCUCAUCAGCUUGUUCCCUCCUACCUGGAACAACCGUCCCAACGGGCUCCGUACGGACUUGAUGCAAGCUAUGAGUGACUUCGGCCCAAAAUUCCUUCGUUUUCCUGGGGGCAAUAACCUCGAAGGCGAUACUAUUGAAGGCCGGUGGAAGUGGAACGAGACUAUCGGGCCUCUUAAGGACCGCCCUGGCCGUGCCACAACCUGGGGAUACCAGGAAACUAGCGGCCUCGGUCUAGUGGAAUACAUGGAGUGGUGUGAUGACCUAGAUAUCGAGCCUAUUCUCGCCGUCUGGGCCGGUCUUGCCCUGAAUGGCGACGUGGUCCCGGAAGACGAACUAGAAGUCUACAUCCAAGACGCUCUCGACGAGCUGGAGUUCCUCACUGGCUCUGUUGAUACCCACUACGGAGCUCUGCGUGCAUCGAUCGGUCACCCCGAGCCCUGGGUUAUCAAGUUCGUCGAAGUUGGGAACGAAGAUAACUUGAACAACGGACUUGCUUCAUACCAAAGCUACCGGUUCAAAGCCUUUUACGAUGCCAUCAAGGCCAAGUACCCCGAUAUUAUUGUUUUGGCGUCGACAAUUGAUAUUGAUUUUCCCGGCAAUGCGGGAGGAGAUUACCAUCUCUAUGAUAUUCCGGAUAACUUUGUGGCGAGGUUCAACUUUUUUGAUCAGUAUAGCCCUGAUCAUCCGGUUUUGCUUGGUGAAAUCGCGGUUACAGAAUAUAACAACGGCGUCGGAAUUGACUGGAGCAAUACGCAUUUCUCCUUGUAUCCUUUCUGGCUUGGAACCGUCGCCGAAGCGGUGUUCCUUUUGGGUGCGCAGCGCAACGCAGACAAGAUUCUUGGAACUACUUAUGCUCCCUUCUUCAUAAACAUAGACAACUACGAAUGGUCCCCAACCCUUAUCGCCUUCAACGCAGACCCAUCCCAAACUUCCCGCUCUACAAGCUGGCAUCUCUACUCGCUCUUCUCGCACACCCACAUCACAAACACUCUUCCGUCAACCUCCAACACCACUUUCGGACCCCUUUACUACGCGACCGGCCUGGACAACACCACAAAUUCCCACAUCUUCAAAGCAGCCGUGUACAACAGCACCGCGGAUGUCCCGAUCUCAUUAACCUUUGAGGGCGUGAAGGCCAGCACCAAGGCCCAGCUUACAGUUUUGACCGCGCCCAGUGCUGAGUCAAUGAAUGCGGUGGGAGGGGCCAAUCUGGUGGAGUCACAGGUCAGUACGGUUGUCGCGGGGAAAGAUGGCGUGUUUAGUUUUAGUUUGCCGGAUUUGAGUAUUGCGGUUUUGAAGACCCAAUAGAUCUCUCUCCUCUCUCUCUCUCUCUCUCUCUCUUUCGCACCUUUGGUUGUGGGGGGGGUGAUGAGGACAUGCUGAUUGGUGGAGGCCUACCCGGGAAUAAGGCAAAGGAAAGAAAGGGACAUUAUUAGGUACCUAGGUAAGGUACGUCGAUUGGAAUCUACAAUUUGUUUCCGAUAGACACCUGUAGCGAUGUAGAGGAUUUUAACCCAUGUU